AUGCACGCCGCACCUGAUUCGCCCGUCACCGGGCCGUCAGAACCACUGGGGAUCACGUCCCCCCUGAGGAUGGACGACGGGUGGCACGACGACGACGAUGACGACGAGUUGGCUGGCAGGCCAAAACGUCGGACCUGUGCCGAAGCGCUGACGAUGAACUUGGAGACUCUGAUGGUGAAGUAUUGUCCAGUUUGCCCAUUUAUAACCAGCAGCAACAAAUUGAGCAGACACAUACUCAACAAACAUCUAGAGUCUCCGAGGAAGCCGAAGAAGGUCCACUUGAAAUCCAUAGUUCAAAAAAUCACGGCUGCGUCGAGAAAAUCGUAUUCGGUCGUCCCGAUGUCGUCCAUCAAGCAGACGCUCGGGGUGUAUUGGGAUGACAGAAACUACCGGAGCAUCGCCCACAAACUCACGGUCAUGUUAAGGAUGAAGGUGUAUGGCGGGUCGUGGGACCUUCCCGGCGUCCCAGUAGCACCACAUCCUUUCGCGGACGACCUCGUCCAAGUGGAAGACGAUGCUCCCGAAGCGUUCUUCCCGACGCUCCCGAUGUCGGACUAUAGAUAG